UGAUCGAUCAGUGCCCUGGUUAUUAAUUUGUGGUUUCUUCCUCUUUUUCUAAGAUAUUGUCUUCCAUUUUACCACAAAAAAAGCAAUGUGUUCUUCCACUUCCACUUUUUGUUCUCUUGUUUUCACUUGAACAUAGAACAAGAGACAAACAUACAGGCAGGUAAUGGCUUCUCUACCUCUACAUUUGUGCUUACCUCUUCUUCUUCUUCUUCUUCUUCUUCUCUUCCCCUUACUUCUUCUUUUGAAAAAGAAACUAUAUAGCACGCACCUCCCACCAGGUCCGCUUAGACUUCCAAUAAUAGGCAAUUUACACCAACUUGGUGCCUUACCUCAUUACUCUUUCUGGCAACUAUCCAAGAAAUUUGGUCCUGUCAUGCUUCUCCAAUUUGGUCGAGUUCCUACAGUUAUUAUCUCCUCUGCAGAAACUGCAAAAGAGCUUAUCAAAACAAAUGACCUCAGUAGUUGUAGUAGACCUCGCUUGGCCGGCACUGGAAGACUAUCUUACAAUUUUCUUGAUAUAGCUUUCACACCUUAUGGAGAUUACUGGAGAGUAAUGAGAAAGAUUUGUGUUCAUGAACUUUUUAGUGCUAAAAGAGUUCAAUCAUUUCAAUCCAUUAGAGAAGAAGAAGUGGGUUUGUUAAUCGAUUCGAUUUUAAAAUCUUCUUCCUCUUCUACUCCGGUGGAUCUCAGUGAAAAGACUAUGUCUCUUACUGCAAAUGUUAUUUGUAGAGUAGCUUUUGGGAAAAGUUUUCAAGAAAGAGGAUUUAACCAUGAAAGGUUUCAAGAAGUUGUUCGUGAAGGGUUAGCUAUGUUGGGGAGUUUUACUGCAGCUGAUUUUUUUCCUCAUGUUGGAUGGAUUGUUGAUAGGCUUACAGGCCUCCAUGCAAGAUCUGAUAGAGUCUUUAAAGAAUUUGAUGACUUCUACCAGAAGAUUAUUGAUGAUCAUAUCCAAAAGGGAAAAGAAGAUCCUGGACAUGAAGAUAUAAUUGAUGUUUUGUUGGAUUUGGAGAGGUAUCAAACUGAAUCUGGUGGAAUUCCCUUUUCCCAAAAUCAUAUCAAAGCAAUGCUCAUGGUAAUAUUCCUACUGUUUCUUAAAACAUUUGUUUGGUUAAUGAUAUACAAUUAGCGGGAA